UCUGAUUGCACUCGUGUGUGCUUCUGUAUACCAACCCAUUCACGCGGAAGAAGAAACAAUUUGUUUGGGGGUCACGUGAUAAUCUGGCCUUCCCAUUUUUCACAUGUGAAAAAUGGAAUUCCACUCACGGGAAGCGAAAAAUCACGACCACGGAAGUGGCAGUGUUGCCAGCACGCACCCAACCGUCGCGGUGGAAUCCACCUCCCAAGCAACAGCAGCAGUGCACAGGUUGUCAACACACUCCGCUACCCCAGUGUCGGCCGUCGGUGCCCGCUGCCUGGAACUCGUCGGCCAGCUCGUGGCACUCGAGACACGGCGCAUGUCACACGGCACCAGUGGCAGCACGACCGGAGACGGCCCAGUGAACGUAUCGUUGGUUGAAAUCGGCGAUCUAUGCUUCGCUACCAAGGUGAACGAUAAACAAAUUAUCUUCUGCACCAGGCAACGGCGGCCGUGCACCGAAACGGGGGUGAACAGUGGCCACCAGGAUGUUAGAAAAGGGCCUGGCUCGGUAACGGGCGGUUCAGUUCCUCGUCAGUUGUCAGCCGGAGCGGAUCGGCAGCCUCGAGCAGAAGUCGUAGCGUCGUGCAGCAGUGGUAGUGCUAGUAGCGGUGGUAGUAGUAGCAGUGCGGUGGUAGUAGCUGUUAGUGUUAACCGGUCCGGUGAGCUAGUGGAUAGUUGGUUCCUAGCGGGCGGCAAACAUUGGCUACGGGCGUCCGACGAAGCGGGUAGUGUCGACGAUAGUGCGGCAACGGUGGCCGCCCAGUGGAGCAGCAGGGCCGGCAAUCUCGACCGGAACGACGAUCCGGAUCCGCCGGUUAGACUCAUCUUCGACGACGGUGGUACCAUCAACCGACGGACGACGAAAGGUGGUCGUGGAGCUCAGCAGCAGUUGGAACAGUUUUGUGUCAAGUGCCGUGUGUAUCUGUUCGAGCAUUUUGCAAAGUUUCGCAGCAACGUCGGCGUGAUGUCACGCUUGAAUGGUAAAGAUUGUGCUCCGAGCCUAGGUUUGCGCCACUCGGAAGGAGGCGGUGGUGGUGGAGGUAGUACUUUAGCUGAUCGCUCCAAGAAACCGUUCUCGAGACCGUUUAACAAGAGCCGGCUGCAGCACGAACCGUCGUCAACAACUACUGGUGGAGGUGUAAGUGGAACAGGCGGCCCGCCAGCAACAACCGGUAGGAUGCCGUCCAGCACGGGAAGCAGUAGUGGGCCACCGAGUGCGGCUGACACGAGCGCACUCAUUCGUCAGAACAACGAGCUGCGCCACCGGCUCCAGGAGGAGGCCAACAACUAUCGGCGCCGGCUAGAAACGUACAAGCAGGCGCAAAACAACCAGGCGGCUCUGGUGAGCCGGCUACAGGCAAAGGUAUUGCAGUACAAACAGCGCUGCUCGGAUCUGGAACAAUUGCCACCGAGUGCUGGUAGCUGUUCGGGUGGUGGUGGAGGUGGACGCUAUGCUGGAGGGUCUGCGAGUCGCGAACCUUCGCCCGGAUCAAGACAUCUGCAUCAUGCACACCAUGCUCCGUCGCCGCCUCCAUCGGCAGGGGGUGGUGGUGGUGGCGGUCCCAUCUGUUCCGAUGUGACUGGAGGGCCGCUCAGCUUGCCCUCGGCAUGUCCGGUAGCGCGUGAACGCGCUCGAUCACGAUCCCGGUCGCAGUCACCGUGCCGGAAGUAUUCCGAGGGAUCACACGACGAAAUUCGCCAUCAGCUUGACGAGGAACGACGACGUUGCGAAAAACUACUGGUCGAGAACUCCUGCCUGCGACAGCAGUUAGAGGAGUCUCAUCGUACCAACGAAGCAUUAACGAACGAUCUCCAGAAGCUUACCAACGACUGGGAAAGCUUACGUGAUGAACUGUUGAGCAAGGAAGACGAAUGGAAGGAGGAAGAACAGGCUUUUAACGAUUACUACAACAACGAGCACACGCGACUGCUCAAGAUGUGGCGCGAGGUGGUUCAGGUACGACGGAUGUUCAACGAGAUGACGUCCACAACCAAGAUGGAGCUGGGACGGAUGCAUCUCGAGCUUUCCGGUACGGUGAGAGAAGUGUCUGGCGCUUGCAGUGGCGUUUCCGUCAAUCUCAAGCAAUCGUCCAAAUUUGAGGAGGCCCAACAAAUGCACAUUGAGCGUGAAAACAUUGAACUCAAGUCGCAACUGUCCGAGCUGCGGCUGCAGUUCGAGGCGGCCAAGCAAGAGAUUGGCCAACGGGAUCAGCGGCUGCAGCAGAUGGCACAGGAGCUGAAGCUGCUGGACGAUCGCUACACCCAAGCCGACAGCCAGGCAGCCCAGGCCCAUCGCAUGAACGAUGAGCUGGAACGGCUGCAGGCUGCACUGCGCGACAUAGCCCAUGCCGUGGUGCAGGAUGCGGAAACGAGUGCUUCCGCCGACAUGGGUGGUUGUGGUGGUGGUAGUGCCGGCGAAGGGGGGCAACACCAUCUUCACCUCUCACAACCAAUCGUUUCGCCCGGAGUGGCUCCUCGAUCGCCCAAACGUGCGUCUGGCGGGAUGGCCGGAACCGGCGGCAGUCUGCGAGCGUCGCAGGCAUUUGCCGAAGGGACGAUUUCGGCCGUCCAGGCAGCGCUACACAAGUACCAGCUAGCCAUACACGAUCUGCAGGUUAAGCUGCAGACGAACAACGACGCACUGAAGGCCACCCGGAAGCAGUACGACAGUUGCGAGCAUGCACGGGACACGCUGUCUGGGAAGGUUUCGGAGCUAACGGAAAAGCUCGACUCGGCCAACCAUCAGCUCUCGGAACUGUACAAGGAGCGGGACAGUCUGCAGAAGACGCUGGAUGGUUUGCGCUCGGAUAAGCACACGGUUGAACGGGGCAAGGCGGAACUGAACUCCAUCGUCGAUAGUUUAAACACCGAUUAUGAGAAGCUACAGAACGUCAAUAGUAAACUGCAGAAGAUGUACGACGCGUUAGAGGAGGAGAAAAAGAUGAUUGAGCUGGAGCUGCAACGUGUGCAUAAAGAUAAAGAUAUUCAGGAAAUGAAUUUGAGAGCGGAAGAGGAACGAUGCAGUCGGCUGCGCGAGGAAACCAUAACCCUUCGCGAAGAGUUGAACAAACUGUACCUUUCUCGCGAUUUGCUCGAACAGCAGCGCAUUGAAUCGGACGGGUUGUUGAAUAUGCUCGAGAAGCAGAAACUUGAGUUAGAAUUCGAACUAGAUCGCGUAACUGGCGAACGUAAUGAGCUACACAGCACCCUGGAAAAGCGUACCAACUCUAACGAACACCAGGAGCAAGAAAUUCGUCAGCUCAAAACGACCGUAGCGCAACUAGACGAAGAGCGGGGCAAAUUGCGUGCCCAGUCCAGUGACCAAAGUGCGGAUUUGGCCUCACUCAAGAAAGAACUCAUCAGUGCUGAACAGGCACGGCUUGAUCUCGACUCAGAAAAGUUAGCCAUCAGCGAACGGUUGAAGUGUCUCGAGAUGGAAAAGGACAAAAUUGAAGCGGAACUAAGCUGUGUGGCUCGCGAGCGCAAUGAACUCAGCAAUCAGCUUGCAACUAUUUCACGCAAAAAGGAAACCAUCGGCGAGGAAGUGAUGCGUCUACGGCAGCGGCUAGAACAGUCGAACGAGAUGAACGGCCGGCUGAACCGCUCCCUAGAGGAAUUGGUGAAGGAGAGCGAAGAAAAGACGGUCACAAUCGAAGGACACGAGAAGGAGCUGCAACGGCUGCAGGAACAACUUGCAUCGCUGCGCAGCGAAAAGGAAUCCUUGGAAGCCGUGCUUUUCGACACGAACACAUCGCUCGAAGAAGCUGAAGCCAAGAAGGAUGCUCUGGAGCGCGAAAAUCAAGAUCUGCUCAUCAAACAGGAAUCGCACAAAGCGCUAAUCGCUCGGCUCAACAAAGACCUCGAGAACGCGGAACGCCGCGCACAGGACAUUAAGAUACAGCUGACAAACGCAGCCGCCAAUCAGGAGGCCGAAUUCCUGCAGAAGCUCUCGAAUCUGCGCACCUUCAGCGAGGAAAACAUUAAAAAGCUCAACGACGAGAAAGAGCAGAUUCGUCAAUCGCUGGAAAAACGUAUGCAGCAAUCGCUCCAAGCGCUAGAAAGCGCCAAGGAUGCCGAGAUUCGACAGCUGCGAGAGCAGUUUGAAACAUUGCAGCUACACCUGGAUGCGCUGAACCAGCAGCACGAGGAAGUGAUUUUACGGGCCGAGAACGAAAAACAGCAAGCACUGCUGAUUGCUCACCGGGACAAGCAGGCAGUAAUCGAAAAGCUGGAAGUCACGGCACGCGAACUCAAGAAUGAGUUGGAGAACGGUGACCGUUUGAAACGGGAGAUGGCCGCGCGGCAGGAGAAAGACCGCACAACGAUCGGGUGCCUGCGGGACGAAGUCACCAAGAUGCGCACCAAGGCCGAAGAGGCGCGCAUUCGAGCGGAAGAGGAAAUGAAUCGACUCGAGGUGGUGGCAGGAUCACUGCGUGAAGAGAAGGAAACGCUGCUCAAGGAUGCAGAGGAAUUGAAGGUUCAACUGCGCCUGUCCGAGGACCGUUGUGAUGCAUUAAACCAUCAGCUGCAAGAUACACAUCGCAAACUAAAGGAAGCUGAAAAUAGCACAGAUGCUACUAGGAAGGAUCUAACGGACACGAGACGGACACUGGCAGACAGCAACAUUGAAAGGGACAAGUACGCCAACAGCAACAAAGAACUGCGUGACCACGUGAAACGUGUUGAGGAACAGCGUCGUCAACAGGCACGCACCAUUGAGGAUGCUCUGGCCAAAAUUUCUUCUCUUGAAGAAACGCGCAACGGACUGGAGCAGGACAAGGUGCGACUGCAGACAAUACUCAAAGAAACCGAAACGAAUGUCACCAAACUGAACCAGGAGCUGUCCAAUGCUCAGACGGACAUACAAAAGUUCCAGACGGACACGAGCCAAAAGGAUGCCUCGGAGAAAGAGCUGCAGGCCCGUCUGGCAAACGAAGGCGAGGAGAAAGAACGUGUGCUGGCGGAGCUACACCAGAUCAAGAAGCAGAUGGCCGACCUUGAGGGUACGCUGUGCGCCACACGCCAGGAACUUGGCCGAGCGCGUUGCAAAGCGAACCAGGACGAGCAUCGGUUCCAUCAGCGCGAACAGGAACUGUGCGCUCGCAACGAGGAGGGCCGUGGGCGUGAGAAACGCCUCGAGGACCAGAAACACAACCUGGAGGUGUGUCUGGCCGAUGCGACACAGCAAAUCCAGGAGCUGAAGGCACGCCUCGGAGGCGCCGAGGGACGCGUUCGUGCACUCGACGAACAGCUGGUACAGCUGGAGUGUCAAAAGAAGGAGGUUGAAAACAAGCUCAGCUCGAUCGGACACACGUUGCGCCGUAUUGCGGGCAUCCAGAUGGACGGUUCCGUCAGUCUGCCGUACCGUCUGAUGAGUCCGUCUCGUCGCUACAGUCCAGCGCGUGGUGGUACCGGUGGUCGUUCGGAAGGUGGUGAACAUCAUCAUCAUGACCGUCACCAUCACGGGCAUCAUCAUCAUCACCACGGGCAUGAGACACGCAGUCUGUCCGGUGAGAACGUGCUGAUCGAUGUCGAUCCGGAAAUGGUACGCAAGGGCGUCCGCUCGCUCAUGCAGCAGAUUGCGCACAUUGAGCGCGAGCGGGAUGAUUUUAAGGUGCAGCUGUGUACUGCCCGCAAGCAGCUACAGGAAGGUAGCGAUGCACAACUGCGUCUCGAGACGAAGAUCAACAAACUGCAGCAACACGUGCGGGCAGUGCACGAGGACAAAACCAAUCUGGAGGCUCGAUUGGCGCAGAAAACGAGCGCUUUACAAUCGACCGAAGAGACACUUCGCCAAAAGUCGGACGAACUGACGGCUUUGCGUGAAAAAGCUACCCAGCUCGAGCAGUCGCUGACGAGCACAACCGAGGAGCGAACGCACCUGGAGGAACGGUUGGACAAAUGUCGCCAGUCCGGUGCGCGGCUCGAGUCGGACAAGCGCCACCUGCAGGACGAACUGGCUCGCACGGAAGCCCGUGCCACCAAGCUGGAUCUGCAACGAGUCGCUCUGGAGGGUGACAUACAGCGGCUGCAGAUGGCAAUGCAGGAGAAGGAUUGUACGGUGCGCAAUCAGCAGGAACGGUUGGAAAAUCAGCAGCGCUCACUGACCCAGCUGGAGGAUCGCUGCGUAGCGCUCAAGAGCACGGUCGAUCAGCUGAAGGAGCGGCUGCAGGCAGCAGCCAUCACCGAAACGGAACUGCGCGGUGAAAUCAGCGGCCUGCAGCGGCACAAUGCCGACCAGAGCCACACGUUUGCGCUCGGCCAGGACAAGCUGAAGCAGCUGCAAAAGACGCUUAGCGGCAGUGAGAAUGAACGAAGAGUGCUGGCCGAACGUUUGGACGCUGCCCAGCAUACAAUUAACGAGCUGCGCCGUAACCAGCAGGCCUCCCAGGACAGUACAACACGGUUGCAGGAGCAGCUCGCCGAGUGUGAGGUGCAGAAGUCGACGCUCGAGAGUCAGCUGCGGCUUGCGAAAUGGAAUCAGGAAACAAGCGAACAAUUGGCAGCCACGGGAGGCAACCUCGGCGGUGGCAGUGGUGGUGCUGGUGGCAACACAUCCGGUGAUCAGGAGCUCACUCGCCAGUUAAUAAGUUCACAGCGCGAACGUAACGAACUGCGCAAUAAGGUGGAAGCACUGAACGAGAAGAUCCGCACACUGGAACGCGAUCAGCAGCGCCCCGCCGGCGGCAAGUACGAUCGGUCGGAGAAAAAGUCGGGUGAGUACGACUCAAACCGGAUCGAGUCGACGACGUACAGUUGCGGUUUGGAUCAUGCGCAACUCGAGCAGGAGGGUCGCGAGUUACGCAUGAAGGUACGCCGCUUAGAAACACUGCUUGCCGAAAAGGAGGCAGAGUUGGCAAGAUCGCGGGCAAAACUGCUCGAAUCACCCAGCAAGGCAAGCAGUUUGGGUGGUGGUAGUGUCGGUGCGGACGUCGAGCGGUACCGAAGCGCCCAGGUACAGGCCGAACGAUUGUUAGACGCGCGGGAACAAUCGCACCGGCAGCAGGUCACCCGGCUAGAGAACCAGAUCGCUAUGUUGAGGGAACAGCUGGCACAGGAAGCGAAACGACGCCAGCAGUACAUAUUACGUAGUUCGCGCGCUGGUAGAGAGAUGCAGCAGCUGCGACAGACCAUCGGAGAUUCGCUGCGCAAUGUGGCGCAGGAUCCACUCGACACGAGUUUGCUGGAAAGUGAGGCACGCCGACUGGACAGCGCGGUAUCGAUGAGCUUGCCGCCAACUACGUCCGCUACUGGUAGAGGAAGAGGAGAGUACGAUCGCAGUCUUAGUCCUACGUUUCGUUAGUAGCACUUGACCAGUAAUACUUCCCAUAUUACAAAUAUAUACACUGCCCCCCAUACAUUUUAGUGGCAAAUGGCCAAACGACGACUACACAAAGUCGUUUGCAAGAGCGUCGUGUUCGACCAAACCAAACGAAAGUGGCCCAAUCGAAACGCCAUUUUAACAUAUCCGUCCAUCAUCUAACUUAGACUAGAAGCUGCGAAUCACCUUUACCAACAUGUCGCUUUAAGUAGAAACGUUUGAUCUCCGAGAAAUAGUUAUCCAAACUUGAAACGUUAGGCAAGGUGGACCCAUUAACUGAAAAAUAAUAAUCAAUUUCGAGCAAUCAUUUAAAUGCACACCAAUGCUUUUAAUAGUUCACAGUGAUUACAGUACCCAACACUGCACGGCAGAAGAAGAAUCAUCAAAUCGUACGCAAAUGAAUACAUAUUUAGAAUAAGUACAGCCACAAACUGCAAUGAACUAAGGGUUGUAACGGAUAUCGUUAUGAAGAUCUCAUUAUCAUGAAAUAUAUUCAGGUUUUAGGGAGUAUUUGCGAGAAGAGUAAUUCAAAAAGAACACACAUCAGCAUCGUCGCUUUAAAUCACAAUUUUAACAAUCAACAGAAUUGUUCCUCUAGCGUGUAAGAUUUGGCUCCGUUUAGGACAAAAACAACCCCCCAUUAGCUAAUCAUUUUUAACCGACCGAUUGUCGUGCAUAUGAAAAUCAACAUGAAAUAAAGUA